UCUGCACGCGGCAGCAUUAUCUCGCGAACGGGUCCAAAGUUUCCGAGCUCGAGAGGAGGGCGGUUUAUUUUUUGAGUGGGGGUGUGGAGUCCUUAAAGCUGACAUGUGAUUUAGUAGUUCAGAGGGGAAUUUAUUAUCGAAGAGCAGUUGUAGUGCAGAGAAGGGCUGGUAGUGAGUUGAAGCUUGACAGAGUUCUGCUUCAAGAUUUCGAUGAGUGUCAAGUGAAGUGCUAUGCCUGCAGAGCAAAAAGGAGUUCGUUGAGUGCUUCUGCGGAAGGUGUUUUUUUCGGUGUCGCAAUGGCGUGUUUUCCGAAGAAGAGUGCUUAAGCCGUUGAGUCAUUUCGGGGUAGAGGUGAGCCAGCACAGAAGUGUUGAUUAAUCCCUCAUGUGACCGGAGGGAGGUUUGUGCAAUCAAUCAGUGUGGAUGCUUUUGGUUGUUUAACGAAAAGGAUUAAAUAAAAAAAGAACAGCCUCCAAAGGUGGGCUGUUACGUCGGAUGUAUCUUUCGGCAGGAUUGCGAAAAAUUAUGGAUAAUCCUCCCGUGACGUCGAAGUACCAGCACCGGAGUCAGGACGAGAUGCUGUUGGCGAAUUUGAACCACCAGCAAACGACAAAUGGCAGUCCCUCGACGACGAUGAUGUUGGGUGGAGAUUCGGCCGCUGUGGCAUUUGCAAGUUCGUCGUCUAGCGGAGCAGGGGAUGCGUACUUCCGAGGAUUGGCCGCACUGACGGGCAAUGCCAGUGGGAUCAGCUCAAUGGACAUGUCCAACAGCACCGAGACCGGCAUUGUGGCACCAGGUCACACCGAAACGACAGUGGCCGUCAUCAUCGUGUACUGCGUGCUGUUCAUCAUCGCUGCCGGUGGAAAUUUGUCCGUCGUGAUAACCCUGUUUCGAUCACGGCGCCACCGGAGGUCCCGAGUCAGUCUCAUGAUUUGCCAUCUGGCCGUGGCGGACUUGAUGGUGGCCUUCAUCAUGAUCCCACUGGAGGUCGGAUGGCGCAUUACGGUCCAGUGGCAUGCGGGGAACGUGGCCUGCAAGGUGUUCCUGUUCAUGCGGGCGUUUUGUCUGUAUCUGAGCUCGAAUGUGUUGGUGUGUGUGUCGUUGGAUCGGUGCUUUGCUGUGAUAUAUCCGUUGCGGGUUUCGGCUGCCCGGAAGCGGGGCAAAAUAAUGCUCGGUGGAGCGUGGUUCAUCGCAUUCGCCAACGCCAUUCCACAGAGUAUAAUCUUCCGGGUUCAGCACCACCCAAACGUGCCGGACUUUACGCAGUGUGUGACGUUCGGGUUUUUCACCACCCCCGCCAUGGAGACGGCUUACAACCUGUUCUGCGUGGUGGCAAUGUACUUCAUGCCGCUCAUGGUCAUCAGUGCUGCCUACACGGUUAUCCUGUGUGAAAUCUCCAAUCGGUCCCGGGAAAAAGAGACGAGCGACACGAGCCACACCGGAGGGAUGCGACUUCGUUGUAACGACUUGACGCACAUCGAAAGGGCCCGGCAGCGGACACUCCGGCUCACCAUUACCAUCGUCGUCGUGUUCGUUUGGUGCUGGACGCCGUACGUUGUGAUGACACUCUGGUACAUGUUUGACCGCGAAAGCGCCCUCAAAGUGGACGGUGCCAUCCAGGAUGGGCUCUUUCUGAUGGCGGUGUCCAACUCAUGCAUGAACCCGCUGGUCUACGGUUCGUACGCGAUGAAGUGUCGGAGGCCCUGGCGGAGGCAAAUGGCACCAAAUGGAGUGCAAACCCCAAACGCAGCCCAGAGGAGGUCCACGGUCUAUCUUCUUACCUCGUCCACAGAUGCCGUAUCGGGGAUGGUCGGACCGCACUCGGAUCGACUCACCGGGCGGGACAAUAAGGACGAACUGGUGUACGAAGGCGGUGGCACCGAGCGGAACAAGCUGAAACAGUUCGGCAUGGCCAACGGGAUCUUCGCCAGGAAUGGCAGCACCGGACGCAAUCACGUUACAAUGGCGGGUGGCGGCGCUGCCGGAACAUCCGUGGCUACGACAAGGUUCGGAAACUGCACCACAACCGUAGGAGGGCGCAACGUUACCGAGCCAAUCCGAACAGUGGCAAUGAGCAGUGGCAGUAGAGUCAAAAGCUUCCAGCCGAGUUACAGUGAAUUCGUUAUGAUGGCAGACGAAAGAUCGCUGAUGCUGUCGCGGCCUUCGUUCUACUCCGAUCCAACUCCGAAUGAGUUCGACUCGACAGUCGAUUGUGGUCUCACUCGAAGUUUGGACACCGGUGGCUGGCGAUGAUAAAUCAGGUUGAAUCGCAGUAAGUAAGUAGAUAGAUUAGGUUGAUGAAGUAAAGUUACCGAUAGAUUCUGCAGAAAGGAAUGAGUGAGAAAGGGAACUGUACGUACAAUUUUGUUAGAGUAGAGAUAGGAUUUUUUUGAAAAGGAGUACAAAGCAUGACCAGGAAGAACAGAAAACGGGCAUCAUGAUAGAGAGAAGUAUUUUUGUAACUAGGCUAAGUGAAAUUCCCAGACAAGCACAAUAGCGAAGAGUGAGUCAAAUGGCAAAUCUUUUUUUUUGUUUCAGUCGUUUAGAAAAUCUAAUAAAUUGACUUUCAUGUUCGAGGAAUCGAGCAUCAUUGAUGAGUAUGUCAA